GGUAUGCAUGCAUGCAUAUGAAUCUGAUGGAUGAUGAUGUGUCAUCCACUCUGUUCAUCUUUGCAAAUCGGGUCCCAACCCCCUCUCUCUCUCUCUCAGUACACUCCUCUGUCCCUUCCCCUCCUUUUCGACAUUUCUAGGGUUUUCAGUACCUUACCAAGCCAAAAAAAAUAAAGGCACUAUUGUCUCUCCAGAGCUUGAGGGCUCAAUCCCUAAACCCAGAAAAACCCAAUUACUUGCGCAGCAAAUUUACUCAUUAGAGUUUAAAAUUAGAGCUGCUGCUUCUUCUUCCCUGGAACCCCUCUCCUUGUUCAUCCCUAGACUCUUACUAUCCAUUGCCCUACCACUCGGGGUAGUUCAAUCCAUUCAUGGCCAAGACUAAACCAGGAAAAAAGGACCUUGACUCUUACACUAUCAAGGGCACCAACAAAGUCGUCCGACUUUAGUGUUGGUUUGUGUCGCAUUGAUUGGGAUUUUAUUGAACUUUGGUUGCUUCAGCUGGGGAUUGUGUGUUGAUGCGACCAUCAGACUCUGAUAAGCCUCCAUACGUAGCUCGUGUAGAGAAGAUCGAAGCUGAUCACCGCAACAACGUUAAGGUCCGAGUUCGUUGGUAUUACCGACCCGAGGAGUCGAUCGGUGGGAGGAGACAGUUUCAUGGGGCGAAGGAGCUUUUCUUGUCAGACCACUAUGAUGUGCAGAGCGCUCACACCAUAGAAGGGAAGUGUACAGUCCACACAUUCAAGAACUAUACAAAGCUUGAGAAUGUAGGAACUGAAGAUUAUUUUUGUAGGUUUGAGUACAAGGCUGCCACUGGCGGCUUCACACCAGACCGUGUUGCCGUGUAUUGUAAAUGCGAGAUGCCUUAUAAUCCGGACGACCUUAUGGUACAGUGUGAGGGAUGCAAGGACUGGUUUCAUCCCUCUUGUAUGGGUAUGACCAUUGAAGAAGCGAAGAAACUGGACCAUUUUUUGUGUUCUGACUGUAACUCUGAUGAUGAUGCCAAAAGAUCUUUAAAUGCAUUCCCUGUGUCACCAUCUGUCGAGACUAAGGUGAGAACUCACUCACCUGAACACUUGUUUGUAUUUGUGGGGUAGUGCUUUGUUAACUUUUUCGAAUGUUAUUAUUAAACUAAUCUGACUGAGCUUCUUUACUAGUAAUAGUUUAUUUUGAAUAAUGGAAAUGGGGCUUGAUGCCGGGGUCUAUUGGUAGGCCAUUGCCUUUGUAGAAUCAGUUAAGGACUAUUUUUGUCCCUUAAAAUGUAAUGGGAUCUUGUUUUCAAAAUGUUCAUUUGCCCAGGUUGAGCCGAAGCGUAGGAAGAGAUGACUUAUUCAUUGGUUGCAGCAAGGAGUACCUAGUUUCCUUGGCAUUAGCUCCAGCAUUGUUGUGUGUUUGUAAUGUACAGUGCAGAGAAGAUACUGUGACCCAAGGCUCUUUUUCUUUUUCCUCUCUAAUUUAUCAUGCCCAACGUUUGUAUGUGUGCUAGAUUUAGGAGAUGACUAUGUGAUCUGUGUCACUGACAAGUAAUGUGCAAGGAGCACUAUAAUCUUGUUCAAGCACACAGAACACACGAGAACAAAUCACAACUAAAAAAAUUUAGGAGGAAACGUGGAUUUCAUGUUAUGUGGUUUUUACUGGGAUUACUACUGUAUGCAUGCCAUUGUAAGUUCAAGACUCAUUCCCUUCUAGACUUCUUUCAUGUGGAAUGAGUAAAAGGGUGCUGGGGUUGGAGUCGCUUGAGCAUUAUUCUUGGGGCGUAAGAGAUGCAGCUUUAAUAAUUUAGGACUUGGUCCUUGUUUCUUUUAUUUUCAUUUCAUUUAUUUGACUUUGGUUCUUCACUCUCAACUGUUGUGGUACUGCCUGAAUCCAGAGUGAGGCUGCCAGUUGAAAAUAUUAUUUGAUCAUUAUCGUUCUUCCCAAAAGCCCAGAUGGGUGCGCAGCCGCAUAAAGGGACCUUCUUGGCAUUAACUGGUGUAGGAAACUUAACUCGCCCUUACUCGAUAUGUUCACAUCUCAGGCCAUUUGUUUUGAAGAUCUAGAUGAGCAGGUUUAUGCAGCUCAUCAUUGCAUAUACACAUAAAAAAGAAGGGUCUAGGCUCAUCUUUGUAUCUGCAGUUAUCAUUUUCUUUGAAGCCUGGUGACCUUCAGUCUUAGCCAUCUCCAUGUCCAGAGUCUUAUUUGAUGACUACCACAGCAGGUUUGGUAUUUUGGUGCCAUGAAUCAGUACCUUUAAAGCAUUACAUUUUGCAUUUACAAAUUUGUAUUUUUUUUUUGGUUAUAAGAGAGUAUCUAAAAGAUGCCCAUUGCAUAUUUUAAUAAACCCCAAAAAAGUGAUAAAAUGAUGCUCCAGGUUUUGCGAAUCUAAUCGACCUAUCUAAUCUAAGUGGUAAAUGUUUAUUCAAAA